UAUCUACUUCUCCAUCAACGCCAAUGUAACCGAUGUCAUUCAUCCCCCGCCAUGCCUUCCCGCAAAUCCCGUCACUGCCCAGGUCCUACUUCCUGGGCCACCACAAGUCCGGCCUGCAGAAGAUGAAAUCGCUUCUGUCCUCGAUCGACCUCGUAAUCGAAUGCCGCGACUACCGUGUGCCGCUUACCUCGCGCAACCCCUUGUUCGAAGAUGCACUCGAAGGAAAAGAACGAGUGGUAGUCUAUACGAAGAGAGAUCUGGGUGGUGGGUCACGAGACAAUCGAAAUGAGGAUGUCAUCGCGAAAUGGCAUCAUCCUACAACGACCAUGUUUGUGAGGAACGGCAAAGAUGCAGAGGGGGAGACCAGUGGUCGGAAGAGUGUCAUCAAGCUUUUGGAUAUCCUGAGGGAGCAUGCGCGGAAGAGGUGGAAAUUGGUCGGACACCGCGUCAUGGUAGUGGGGAUGCCCAACGUGGGUAAGUCCACGCUGCUCAAUGCAUUGCGCGCGCAAGGAAUCGGCAAAGGCAAGGUUGCAGCUACCGGCGCUCAACCUGGCGUAACGCGUAAAGUCAGUAGCAGCGGUGUGAAGAUCAUACCGAGCGAAGACGACAUGGAAGCAGCGGACGGUGGGGCGAAGAAGAAGCUUCAGGGUGUUGGAGGAGGUGUAUAUCUUCUUGAUACACCCGGUGUCUUCAUCCCAUACGUUCCCAACGCGGAAGCUAUGAUGAAGUUGGCACUUUGCGGCUCCGUGAAAGAUACAAUCAUUGCACCAGUCAUGCUUGCAGAUUACCUCCUCUACCACCUCAACCUCCAAUCGCCUACGCUCUAUUCUGAAUACGCACCGCCUACCAACGAUAUCAUCGAGCUUCUGUCUGAAAUCGCGAGGAAGACUGGUAGGCUGGGUAAGGGUGGUGUCAUUGACACAGAAGCGACAUCGCUGUGGAUGAUACAAAAGUGGAGGAAUGGCAUGAUGGGACGCUUCCUGUUGGACGAGAUCGAUGAGAAGAGUCUGGAAAAGGCUAAGAUUGACGAGGAGGGUCUUACACCUAGCCUGAACCAGGCUAGAAAGGCAGAGAGGGAGAGGCGUAGGGAGAGAAACAAGGCGAGAGGGGAGAAGUGAGGUUACCAAAGCCAUACACUAAUUAGACAUAUAUUGCACACUGCUUGUAGCACAUAGCAUAUAUAUUAGAAUUCCAAAACAAAACACUUGCAACCUACA